GAAAGUUCAAAACAGGAAGAUGGCCAUAGAAGUUAUUAAAAGCAACAGUUGACGUAUAUCAGAAGACCAUGGAAAUCAUCCUUAAAAAACAACUAGGCAUACAAAACGACAACACAGAAGAUGAGAGAGAAAUCCAUUGGUUAUGACGGUUGCCUUAUCAGUUUGACAUGUAUGUCUAGAGGGAGCUCCGAGACUAUUUGGUGCUUCAAUCAAGUAAUGAAUCUAGUAGAGCCAUGUUUUUGAAAUGGCAACUAGAGAAGAUGGACUUGCUGUUGGCCGUAAACGCCUUGGAAGACUUCCAGUUAACACACAUUCAACAGGCCGAGAACCAAACUCAACCGUUGCUGCUUCAAGAAGUAGCUAUGGAACGACUAAACAGGUUGGCAAGCAUCAGUUUAAGCAGGAAGGGGCAGCUCCUGCCUCAAAAUCUUCUUUCUCCUUAUCCCUGUGUUCAGAGUUUGAUACUGAGAUGGUGGACAUCAUGGAACAGAUGGAGAAAGAGGAAAAAGAUAGUAGUGAACCUGGACUGAAGAUAACGCAUAAAGGAAAGACUACUCCUGGCCGUACUUCAUCAAAGUUACAGAAGCUAAAAAAUGGUAAGGAAGGCCUGGCAUUUCGACAAUCACAUACAGGGAAAUGGAAGACAACUAGUGAACAAGAGAAGCUAAGUCCAAAACCUAACACAUCAAACAAAAGAGAUGCAUGGCCAGGGAAAUGUCUUAAAAGAUUGUCUGUUGGUGAAGACCCCAACCUAUCCUGGGACAGCCCACAGGAAGCCUCCACACCCAAUCUUAUUCAUCCUCAAGGUGUGUCUAAACGCCCCAGAGUUUCUGAUGGUACUACUCCUCAGGUACAAACUCAACUUUUCAAAUCUCUCUUUACUAUUCCUAGCCCCAUGUGUGGGUUGGAAACGUCUCAGAGACUUGAGGUUGAUUCUCAAAAAGAAAAUUCUAGUGGUAGAAUCAGGAAUGAAAAAUCAAGAUUUUGUGAGACUCCCCAGAAGUCUCUGCGAAGCCAAAGAAUUGAAUCUUUGUGUACUGGGAAAGAAACAUCCAGAGAAAAGAAAGGAUUUUCUCGGAAGAAGCGGAAUGAUACUGAGGAAAAAAUAUGUGACAGUGAUAAUUUAAGAAAAUUGAGUGAUAAUGUCCAGUCAUUACCAGUAACUAAAAACAGUUGUCAACGGUCAAGUGGGAAAAAACGAAAAUCAUUAGAUAGGUUGGUAUUAGUUGAGGAUAGUCAGUCACCUGAAGCCAAAGAAAGUCAUGCUGUUGAUAAACCAAAAGCUGAUUCAAAAGAGGCUGGUAUCAACAGUAACAAGAGAACUAGUAAUACCAUACCAGUGUCAUCAGCUGUCAACUGUAACAAGAUUACCAAUAAUGUUGGGCCUGUGUUGUCUGCUGUUAAUGGUAAUGAGAAAACCAAUAAUGUAAGGCUAAUGUCAUCUGCUGUCAACGGUUAUGAGAAAACCAGUAAUGUUGAGCCAGUGUCAUCAGCUGUCAACGGCAACAAGAAAACAAGUAGUGUUGGGCCAGUGUUGUCAGCUGUCAACGGCAACAAGAAAACAAGUAGUGUUGGACCAGUGUUGUCAGCUGUCAACGGCAACAAGAAAACAAGUAGUGUUGGGCCAGUGUUGUCAGCUGUCAACGGCAACAAGAAAACAAGUAGUGUUGGGCCAGUGUUGUCAGCUGUCAACGGCAACAAGAAAACAAGUAGUGUUGGGCCAGUGUUGUCAGCUGUCAAUGGUAACGAGAAAACCAAUGAUUUUAGGCUAGUGUCACCUGCUGUCAACGAUAACGAGAAAACAAGUAAUGUUGGGCCAGUGUCGUCUGCUGUCAAUGGUAACGAGAAAACCAAUGAUUUUAGGCUAGCGUCACCUGCUGUCAACGGUAACGAGAAAACAAGUAAUGCUACUGAAAUGAGAUGUAUAGACAGUAAAACUCAAAAAGAAUUAGACAGAGAGAUAUCUGAUGGACACACAGACAGACUGGUACUUGCUAACUGGGGGCUGCCAGACACCGUGCUGAAACAAUACCACAGACGGGGUAUCAUCACCAUGUUUGAUUGGCAGGCUGAAUGUUUGUGUACAGAAAAUGUCCUCGCUGGAGGUAACCUUGUGUACUCUGCCCCAACCAGUGCUGGUAAGACCAUGGUGGCAGAGCUGUUGGUACUGAAGCGUAUUGUAGAGACCAAGAAAAAGGCUAUCAUCAUUCUACCAUUUGUGUCUGUUACCAGGGAGAAGAUGUUUUACCUACAGGAGCUGUACCAGGAUGCUGGUAUCCGUGUGAAUGGGUUCAUGGGCAGCCAUUCUCCUCCUGGAGGCCUCAGCAGUGUAGACGUGGCUGUGUGUACAAUAGAGAAGGGCAAUGGCCUUAUUAACAGGAUGUUGGAAGACAACACACUGGGCCAACUAGGAAUCAUUGUUGUUGAUGAGCUCCAUCUGGUGGGAGAUCCACAUCGAGGCUACCUGUUGGAACUUCUGCUUACUAAAAUUUGCUAUGUUAUCAGAAAGGAGAAUGCUCAAGUUAGGAACAAUCAGAAGAGUGUUGAUGAAAUAACACACAACCCAAUACAGAUUGUGGGGAUGAGCGCGACUCUGCCCAACCUUGAGCUACUGGCUGGUUGGCUGAACGCUAAAAUGUUUCUCACCGACUUCCGACCGGUGCCUCUCACGGAGACCAUCAAGCUAGGCACGGCUAUCUACGAUUCCUGCAUGUCAAAGAUUCGCGAUAUUGACCUGACUUUAACCUUCAAGGGAGAUGAUGAUCAUGUGAUACCCCUAUGUUUGGAGACCUUAAACAAUGGUCACUCUGUUCUUAUAUUUUGUCCCUCCAAGAACUGGUGUGAAAAGUUGUGUGAAAGCAUUGCCAGGGAAUUUUACAACAUACUAAGGAAUGACAUGGCUGCGAGGAACAGUACAGAAUUCCACGCCCUGCCCCUGAACAGAGCAGCCCUAAGUGAUGUGGUAGAACAGCUACGCCGUACUCCAGUGGGCCUAGAUAGCACUCUAGGACGUACCGUGUAUUAUGGGGUUGCUUAUCACCAUGCAGGAUUAACGUUUGAUGAGAGAGACAUUGUGGAGGGAGGGUUUCGUCAGGGAAUUCUGAAGGUACUUGUGGCAACCUCUACUCUGUCUUCUGGUGUCAAUCUGCCAGCAAGACGCGUCAUCAUCAGGUCGCCAGUCGUCCAUGCUGGAAAAACAAUUGAUUUCCUCACCUAUAAACAGAUGAUUGGCAGGGCUGGUCGUAAGGGAGUGGAUACAGAAGGAGAAAGCAUACUAAUAUGUAAGGGUACUGAGAGAAGCAAGGCUAUGACUCUGGUCAGGUCCGCCUUACCACCUGUGCAGAGUUGUCUUUUAAAAAACCAGGGUCAGCUCAGCUCCAGUCUAAAGAGGGCCAUUUUAGAGAUUGUAGUCAGUGGAGUGGCGACGUGCCCUAAUGAUGUAGUGACCUACAUCUCCUGUACCAUGCUGGCUGCAUCCCUACCCUCCGAUGAUCAACAGGCUGCCACCAUCAUACAAGACUGUAUCACUUUCCUUCAAGAAAAUGAGUUUGUCACAUUGCAGAAGUCUGCAGAAACAGAAGAAGAGAGAUUCCGUCCAAGUCAGCUAGGAUCAGCUGUGCUAGCCUCCUCCAUGUCGCCUGAUGAAGGACUGUCUGUGUUUGCUGAACUAAGAAAGGCCAGGCAGUGCUUUGUCCUGGAGAAUGAACUUCACAUCAUAUACCUGGUGACACCAAUUUACACGAUGGACCUGGGAGAUAAGAUUGACUGGUACCAGUUCUACUGUAUGUGGGAGAAACUCACCCCCGACAUGAAACGAGUUGCUGAGCUUGUUGGUGUACAGGAGGGGUUUCUAGCCAGAGCUGUCCAGGGACGUCUCCCUACCAAGACUGUGGCUCAGGCACGGGCGGUGGCUGUCCAUCGGAGGUUCUACACUGCUCUCAUACUUCAUGACCUUGUACAUGAGGUGCCGCUCAAUGAGGUCGCUCAUCACUACAACUGUAACAAGGGCCAACUACAGUCACUCCAACAGUCUGCUGCUACAUUUGCUGGUAUGGUGACGGUGUUCUGUGCUAGGCUCGGAUGGCACAACUUGGAACUAAUACUCUCACAGUUUCAAAACCGUCUGACCUUUGGUGUCCAGCGAGAACUGUGUGAUCUUGUCCGACUGACGCUACUGAAUGGACAGCGGGCUCGUGUCCUGUUCAAUGCAGGCUUCCACACUGUAGCUGCUCUAGCUAGUGCUUUACCAGCUGAUGUUGAAGCUGUCCUCAAAAGUUCCUCCCCAUUUCAGAGCAACAAAAAACAGGAAAAUGAGACCGAAUGGGAGGCAGAACAGCGGCGCAAAUCUCGCUGUAUCUGGCUGACAGGGAGGAAGGGAGUGACUGAACAGGAGGCAGCCCUUGCUAUCAUAGAAGAGGCCAAAUCUGUCAUUCAGGAUGAGCUAGGGGGGCUGGGCAUACAGUGGAGGGACAACCAGGACAUAGAGCCUAGUGAUAGAGAGUUGGGGUCUGCUGAGAAUGAGGUGCGGCUAGGUGAGAGAGGACCAGGAUCUAACAACAAUGGACCGGAACAAGACGAGAGAGGGGCGGAGUCUGUUACAAUGGAUGAAUCCUCAAUUAUUAGUGGUCAAGUUCAUACUGAUUCAAGGAGCACACAAAGUAGUAUUAAUAUAUCCAGUCAUAAGAAUAGUUCAUUUGUCAUUGGUCCAGGACGAGGCAGUAGGUCAGCAAGAUCUCGGAAUAAAUCAAGACGGUCGAGCAACCGGACAAAUGUUAGUCUCAACGUUACAGGGACAAGGUCUCAAAUACAGCACCAUUCAGUAGUAGUCAGUCCACAACCUGGGUCAAGGGAUGUGCAGGCCAUUGUUAGUCCGCCUGGAAAAGCUGUGAUAAUGUCAAAGUCAAAACCUAUUUCCAUUCAAGGGCAUUUGAAGGACAGUGCCAUAGAAAAAGUGUCGGAACCAAGGAAUUCCAUUUGUUCAUUGACAAAUACUCUAGUCAUCAAUGUUUCUAACAAAGCUAAUCAAGUAAAGUCUGUGGGAGGAUUUACACAGAAAGAACGUUCAGGAAGGUUAAAUAGCACAGAUGUUAAGUUGGUUGUUGAUAAUUCCGAUAAAGACAUACAUUUAAACAAACCUGCAUCUGCUUCUGUAACAAAAUCAAUGCAAGAUGAUUCUAGUCAGGAGAAUGUAGAGGCUAUGGAAGAUAGUGUUAAACCUACUGUAGGAAGAAGUGCUAACAUUCAGCAUUCCAGCGAGGAAAUGUCUGAACACAAAGUUUUACUAAAGGAACAACUCUCAUCUAAGGUGUCACCAAGCACCAUUGUUGUGGAAGCAGAUGUCCACAUUGGUGAGUGUGGCAAGACAUUCUGUGAUGUUGGUCCUGAGAAACCAGACAGUGGUGGGGUGACAUCGCAGGAGGUUUGUCCUAGGAAACGAUCUCCCAGUCCCAUAAAGUUUGACCAAAUCAUUGAAGAUAUAAGUUUUACAUUUGAUGAUUCAUUUGGAUUAUCAGGCCUGGCAGAAAAGGAGGGGAAAGGUCAUGAAAAGGAAGAUGAAACAAAGCUGAAUGAUCUGAACUUUGUCAGUAAAGUGGGUCCAGAAGAAAGUGAUUGUGAUAAAGGUGUACAUGGUAUGGAAGUCCUUUCAACAGUUGGGAAACUGAUUGGUUCCAGUAAAGACAGAACAGCUAAAAAGACUGUAGCAUUUAACUUGGGAUCCUCUGAAAGCCACAUUAACACUGUAACAGACUCAGAAUCGCAUGAUGAUAAAAGUGAUAUACAAAACACAGACAAUGAAUUUGCUGAUAGUUUUGAAUUGGAUUCACAGACUGAUUUUAUAAUGGGAGAUAUUCCUGAGAAACCGAGAAGUGAAAAAAUAUCACCAGUUAGCAGAGGUGUACAGAAGGGAAGUAAUUUGACAUCCCCUUCACUUUAUUCUGAGGAUCUGGCAGGUAGUGAGUUGGUAGACAGUGUUGAACAUGAUCAAAGAAAAGAUGGAAACCUCUGUACAAGGAAUGCAGCGAAAGCACACAGCAGUAAUAGAGAGAAGAAAGGACCAAUGAAUGAAGAUGGUAAAGCUGACAGUAAUCCAAGGGACAGAAAAAAGGAGGAUGGUUCUGAACAUGUCCCUAGGAUUGGAUGUAUGCAGGGCCGUGUGUUUAAUCAUGAGCAAAUCCCCAAAAUUGAUAACAUUCAUAGCACUGUGACUGACAGUUCUGUACAUGAUGUGUCCCUGGAGUUGAUUGCUGCCAGUAACUUUGAUGACAGGCAAUAUGGUUAUUCUGAGGAGGGCACCUUUGAAUUGACUGGAAAUGAUAUAGCUGAUGGCUCAUAUGGUGAUCUACGCAUUGUUCCCCAAGAAGUUGCUAGAGUUACCUCCCUUAUUCAGGAAAAGAAAAAAGAGAAACCUCCAACUAGUCAAUCAACACAAGACUUUGUGUUGGCUUUAGAAAUGAGUGAUUCAUUCAGCUGUACAGCUGCUUUGGCUGUUGAAGUGGAGCAAAACGACCAAAAUUAUGUGUCUUCAGAGGUUAAGAAUAUUGACUCUGGAGGGUCAGGGGACAGAAAGUGUGACCCCAAAUCUGUAGGGUCAGGUACAAGUGAUUUGAACCCUAAAGCUGGAGGGUCAGAGAUAAAAAAUUGUGACUUAAAGUCUGUAGACCCAGAAAGUAAUUUUAAUGUGAUAAAAAUGUGUAAACAAGAUAUUGAAAUUGAUAGCAUGGAUGAGUCUCUUACAAUCUCUAUGGUAGAGAAAGCUUUAGAGAUAAACUCAGAGGAAAAUACAGAGGAUAUGUUUGAUGGAUCCGUACAUACUGUAGGUAAACAGACAAACAGACACUGUGAUGUAGAUAAUAAAAAAAUGUGUUUAUAUAAAUCAUCAAAACCAAUAUCUUCUCUCGAAAACUCAGUGUGUAGCAGCUGGUGUCAGUUCAUGUGCAAACACAGACAAAGCUACGGUGUUGAAAAAAGUGGUAAAAACAAAGUGUUAAGUGCUCAGACAAGGCACCAUAAAAAACAACAGCCCAUGAACAGUAGUCACAAACAUUUGAGUCCAGGGACCCUCGACUUCCUCAACAGUAUGUGUGAAUCCGGCUCGGUGUCUAAUACAACAAACAACAGAAAAUCAGCUAAACACACAGACACAAAUAACAAAAAGCAGACAACUUUAGUACAGUGUGAUAAAAAGGACACAAAACAAGAUCAAAAUUGCUUAAAGAGUAUAAAGGAAACAACUCGGCCAACCAACAACAGAAAACAAACCAUAUCUAGUAAGCUUGUAGGAAGUGCACAAAAAAAUGAGAGGAGACCUGCAGGAACACAGAAAAAAUCAACUAGUGGAACAAGUUCAAAUGUAAGCAAAUACCAGUCUCCAGAUUUUGAUCCUAACGGCAGUGUGAGGAUAACAAGGUCUCAGAGGAAGCAUGCCAGUAAAGAGAUAGAUGAUGACAAGUCCAGGAAACAAGAGACUGUUGUGUCAGGAGAAAAGGAAGACUCCAUACAGAACGUUAGCACAGGCAGUGAUUGUUUACCUCCGACUCCCCCGGCAACAAAUUAUAUGUCACCUCACAUGUCUCACAGGAAACCAACUCCAGUAAAAGUCAGGGGCAUCACACCGGGACGAGGGAAGGCCAGCCAGAAACUGGACCUGUGUGUCAGGCAGUCUGGCAGUUCAAAAGAGAGUGACCAGAAUUUAACUGAACCAGAUGUGCUAUACGAGGAGCGACUGCCUGUGAUUGACCCCAAUGAUAGUGGUAUACCCUGUACACAGGCGAGCUUCACCAUUGUGGAUGUUUGUGCAGACCAGCGCCUAUUUGACACCUUUAUCAAGGAAUGGUCCACAAAGUCCUUCUAUACUGUUUCGGUUGCCUGCGAGAAUCGGCCUCCACAGCCAGUGGUCGGAGGUGGCAUAGGUGGCAACUUUGUGGCUCCUGGGUCACGGGAGAGGGGCGGUGUGGUGGAUGGAAUGAAGGUGGAGGGGGAGAUGCUAGUGGUGGUGGGCGUGGCUAUCAGUUGGGAAAACAGGGACGCCUACUAUGUCGCUCUUACGAAGGAAAACUCGGAUUGUGACCUCGACGACAGCCUAACCCCGCCACCUAUGGAUAACAGUAUCUCCAUUGAGACAAGACUCUGUGCCCUACAAUCAGUUCUGGAGCAGGGAACUUGUGGAGACGAGCUUAUCAACAUUGCCAUGUUUGAUGUGAAAGCUUCCUACUGUGUCCUAGUAAGGAGCUGUGGUAUUGCCCCUAGAGGCAGAUUUCAGGACCCAAAGGUUGCUUGCUGGUUGAUGGACCCAGGAGCCAAAGAAAAGAACCUACACAGAAUGGUCACCAAUUACCUACCGACUGAGGUUCCCCUUCUAGAUGGUAUAGGUGGAGGUGUAGGUUUUAGCAGUUUGGGUAUGACCCCACAGAACCCAGGAUCAGGACGUUACCGUGCCACUACUGAGGCUGUUCUCACACUACACGUAAUGGACUAUUUACGGGCAUGUCUGCUAAAGGAGGGCCUCCACCAGGCCUUUCAGACGGUUGAGAUGCCCUCUAUUGUCACACUAGCCAGGAUGCAACUCAAUGGCUUCGGUUUUAGUGAGAUUGAAUGUGAGAGUCAACAGAGCAUUAUGACAGCUAAGCUGACGGCACUAGAGGAACAGGCAUACCAAAUGGCCGGUCAUCCCUUCUCACUGACCAGUCCAGAAGAUAUCGCUCAGGUCCUGUUCAUUGAAUUACAACUGCCACCAAAUGGUGACCCGAGCAGUGUAGGUCAAGUCCAGUGCCCGAGAAAGACCCCUGCUGCUCGGAGAGGUCGUCAAAAGACACGGUUCAGCACAUCUAAGGAGGUGUUAGAGAAGUUAAAGAAGCUCCACCCUCUGCCUGGCCUGGUACUGGAGUGGAGAAGGAUUAGCAGUGCCCUAACUAAAGUAGUAUUCCCCCUACAGAAGGAGAAAGUACACGUGUCCCACCUAAACAUGCACCGUAUCUUCUGUGAAUGUCAGGUCCAUACUGCCACUGGUAGGGUCAGUAUGUCCGAACCUAACUUACAGAACAUUCCCAAGGACUUUGAGAUCUCUCUUCCAGAUAUUAUUGGUGAGAGCCCACCUGCAAAUCAGGCAGGGUUGAGACAGAUUACAACUGGAAGAGGCAGAGGAGGUAGCUCUCGACUGCAGCAUUUCACAGGGGGACCUAGGCAGGCGGUAUCCGCGGGGAGUAGUGGAUCAUCCUGGGCUGUCAGCAUGAGGCAUGCUUUUAUACCAUUUACAGGUGGAGUUAUGUUGGCUGCAGACUACUCACAGUUAGAAUUACGGAUGAUUGCACAUUUGUCUGGUGAUUCAAAACUUGCACGCAUCCUCAACCAGGAUGGCGAUGUGUUUAAAAUGAUAGCGGCCCAAUGGAAAAAUGUGUCUGUUGACCAUGUCACACCCCAACAGAGACAGCAAGCAAAACAGGUAUGCUAUGGUAUGGUGUAUGGCAUCGGACCCAAGGCCUUGGGAGAGCAGCUGGAAGUGGAUGAGAAUGAGGCUGCAGUUUUUAUUGAGACAUUCAAAUCACGAUAUCCAGGUAUGAGAACAUUCCUGAGAAAGGCAGUGGAGACAUGUAGAGAUAAAGGCUAUGUUGAGACUAUACUGGGACGACGCCGUUACCUCCCUUCCAUCAAAGACACCAACCCACAUGCCCGAGCUCAUGCAGAGAGACAGGCGGUGAACACAACUGUCCAGGGAUCCGCAGCUGACCUAGUGAAGAAGGCGAUGAACCGUAUUGAUGUAAGACUGUCUGAUGUAUUCCCAGAGUGCAGCUUUGCUCACAGACAGAAACCUAAAGACAGAGGUGCUUAUGGAAGGAGCAGAGAAAAUGGUCCUUACAGAGUUCUGUCUGGCGGUUAUCUAGUGCUACAACUCCAUGACGAGCUCAUCUAUGAAAUAGCCCAUGCUGAUGUUAUGGAGGCGGCCAAGAUCAUCAAACAUGAGAUGGAACAUGCUAUGACACUGUCUGUCCGCAUGCCAGUCAAGGUCAAGGUCGGUCCAAGUUGGGGGAAACUAGAGGAUAUGGAAAUAUGAUAUAUUUUUUUCAGAAAUCUACUGGGCUUUCAUGUAUAUAGUCAGAUAUGUAUUGAUUUUAACUUAUGUUAGAGUGAGCUUAAUUAUGACCUACAAUGAAAUUUGUAUAAACUUUGGUAGGCAUAAUAUUUGGUAUUGUACCAUAUAACAAAACUAUAUGAUUGUAGUUGUAAACAUUUGUUCUCAAAUAUGUGAUCUCAGUUAAGUUUUUGGUUCAUAUUUAUAAAUGUUAAAUAUAUUCAAUAUCAGUUAUUUAGAUAUGUAGAAAAACAAUUUUUUUUCAUCUCUCAACCUUCUUACAAUGUACACAUUUAUUUUCAAAGUAGGAAUUCUUGAUUUGCUUACUUGUAUAUAAACUUAAAAAGAAAACACCCUGGUCUGUUUUUAUGUAUUAUGGCCGUAAAGGUGAUUUGUAUUUGUGUUCGUAAUCAGAAAGGACUAAUUGGUUAUAUUUUACUUUCUGGUGGGCCCUGACUUACAAAGCCAGUAUCUAUAUCUGUAAGUCUAUUUCUAUUUAUUACUGAAAUAUAACAUUUUUAUCCAAAGGUUAUUGUUGUCAGGAGCUAAUUACUGAUUACCUCUACAAGAUAUUGUUGUCAGAAGCUAAUUGCUGAUUAUCCUCUACAGGAUAUUGUUGUCAAGAGCUAAUUACUGGUUACCCUCUACAUGAUAUUGGUGUCAUAAUCUAAUUACUGGUUACCCUCUACAGGAAAUUGUUGUCAAAAACUAACUACUGACUACCCUCUACAGGAUAUUGUUGUCUAAAGCUAAUUACCGACUACCUCUACAGCAUAUUGUUGUCAGAAGCUAAUUACUGGUUACCUCUACAGGAUAUUGUUUCAGAAGCUAAUUACUGGUUACCUCUACAGGAUAUUGUUUCAGAAGCUAAAUUACUGAUUACCUCUACAGAUAUUGUUGUCAGAAGCUAAUUACUGGUUACCUCUACAGGAUGUUGUUGUCAAAAACUAAUUACUGGUUACCCUCUACAGGAUAUUGUUGUCAAAAACUAAUUACUGGUUACCCUCUACAGUAUAUUGUUGUCAGAAGCUAAUUACUGGUUACCCUCAACAGGUUAUUAUUGGUUAAACUAAUUACUGGUUACCAUCUGCAGGAUAUUGUUGUCAGGAGCUAAUUACUGGUUACCUCUACAGAUAUUGUUGUCAGAAGCUAAUUACUGGUUACCUCUACAGGAUAUUGUUUCAGAAGCUAAAUUACUGAUUACCUCUACAGAUAUUGUUGUCAGAAGCUAAUUACUGGUUACCUCUACAGGAUAUUGUUGUCAAAAACUAAUUACUGGUUACCUCUACAGGAUAUUGUUGUAAUAAGCUAAUUACUGGUUACCAUCUACAGGAUAUUGUUGUCAUAAGCUAAUUACUGGUUACCCUCUACAGGAUAUUGUUGUAAUAAGCUAAUUACUGGUUACCUUCUACAGGAAUUCUUGUUAGAAGCUAAUUACUGAUUACCAUCUACAGGAUAUUGUUGUCAUAAGCUAAUUACCGGUUACCAUCUACAGGAUAUUGUUGUCAGAAGCUAAUUACUGGUUACCAUCUACAGGAUAUUGUUGUCAUAAGCUAAUUACUGGUUACCCUCUACAGGAUAUUGUUGUCAGAAACUAAUUACUGGUUACCCUCUACAGGAUAUUGUUGUCAGAAACUAAUUACUGAUUACCUCUACAGGAUAUUGUUGUCAGAAGCUAAUUACUGGUUACCUCUACAGAUAUUGUUGUCAGAAACUAAUUACUGAUUACCUCUACAGAUAUUGUUGUCAGAAGCUAAUUACUGAUUACCAUCUACAGGAUAUUGUUGUCAGAAACUAAUUACUGGUUACUCUCUACAGGAUAUUGUUGGCUUAAACUAAUUACUGAUUACCAUCUCCAGGAUAUUGUUGUCAGAAGCUUAUUACUGGUUACCUCUACAGGAUGUUGUUGUCAGAAGCUAAUUACGGGUUACUCUCUACAGGAUAUUGUUGUCAGAAGCUAAUAACUGGUUACCCUCUACAGGAAUUGGUGUCAGAAACUAAUUACUGGUUACCCUCUACAUGAUAUUGGUGUCAGAAUCUAAUUACUGGUUACCCUCUUCAGGAAUUCUUGUCAGAAACUAAUAACUGGUUACCUCUACAGGAUAUUGUUGUCAUAAGCUAAUUACUGGUAACCAUCUACAGGCAUUGUUGUUGGAAGCUAAUUACGGGUUACUCUCUACAGGAUACUGUUGUCAGAAGCUAAUUACUGGUUACCCUCAACAGGAUAUUGUUGUCAGAAGAUAAUUACUGAUAACCCUCUACAGGAUAUUGUUGUCAUAAGCUAAUUACUGGUUACCCUCUACAGGAUAUUGUUGUCAGAAACUAAUUACUGAUUACCUCUACAUGAUAUUGUUGUCAGAAACUAAUUACUGAUUACCUCUACAGGAUAUUGUUGUCAGAAUAUAAUUACUGAUUACCUCUACAGGACAUUGUUGUCAUAAGCUAAUUACUGGUUACCUCUACAGGAUAUUGUUGUCAGAAACUAAUUACUGAUUACUCUCUACAGGAUAUUGUUGUCAGAAGCUAAUUACUGGUUACCCUCUACAGGAUAUUGUUGUCAUAAGCUAAUUACUGGUUACCUCUACAGAUAUUGUUGUCAGAAGCUAAUUACUGGUUACCCUCUACAGGAUAUUGUUGUCAGAAGCUAAUUACUGGUUACCUCUACAGGAUAUUGUUGUCAGAAACUAAUUACUGAUUACCUCUACAGGAUAUUGUUGUCAGAAACUAAUUACUGGUUACCCUCUACAGGAUAUUGUUGUCAGAAGCUAAUUACUGAUUACCCUCUACAGGAUAUUGUUGUCAGAAUCUAAUUACUGAUAACCCUCUACAGGAUAUUGUUUUCAGAAGCUAAUUACUGGUUACUCUCUACAGGUUAUUGUUGUCAGAAACUAAUUACUGAUUACCUCUACAGGAAUUCUUGUCAGAAGCUAAUUACUGAUUACCUCUACAGGAAUUCUUGUCAGAAGCUAAUUACUGGUUACCUCUACAGGAUAUUGUUGUUAGAAGCUAAUUACGGGUUACUCUCUACAGGAUGUUGUUGGCUUAAACUAAUAACUGGUUACCACUCUACAUGAUAUUGUUGCCAGAAGCUAAUAACUGGUUACCACUCUACAGGAUAUUGUUGUCAGAAGCUUACUGCUUGCACACGACGAUGUUGCUUAAUAAACUUAUGGAUUUCUAUAACCAAGAUUAAUCAUAAUCAUAUUAUUGAUUUUUGUUUUAUUAUACGUUCUUUAAUAUUGUUAAAUUUGUAGAGAACAACAAAUCAAUUUUCAAUUAAUUCUUUAUUUUGACAUACAUUGUUAUGAUUUGAAUUUAUUGUUACAAAUCUGUCUGGCAAUCUUGUAAAUGUAUUUUCGUAUGACAACUGAUGAAUUUUUAUACAUAUAUAUUUAUUUUUGAUACGUAUUGAUUGUGUAUGGCAUUGUGUCUCACUUUCAAUGAGUUUUCACAUACAUGCCACUUAUUGUAUACUUAUUAAGUCAUCUUACUGCAGUAUCGAUUUUGCAGGUGUAAAUGAAAUGUGCAGGUAUUAUUAUUGUAAACUUAUAGUGCCUUCCUUCAUAAAUCCGUUUUAAUGUAAAUUUCAGUGAAGUUAGUAUGUCAUGAUAGUCGAUUGUAUAUAUCACUGAUUAUAAAGAUCCCAUGUGAAUGUGUUAAUGUCGCGAGAGACAAUUGCGUGUACAUUGCAGAUGUAUAACUGAUUUAGCAAUCAUCCUGAGGUCUACACUGUGACGUAUGCUAUUGUUAUUUCGCGAUUUCUGACCCUGGCGCAUGUUAUAUUUGAUCAAUUGUACAUUUGUACAAUGAAGAAUAAUAAAAAAGAUUUGAUGAA